GAUAUGUCUGGAGAGCAUGGUUGGUCUGCCAAAGCAUAUAGCUUUCGAAUUGAAUGUCGUAAGAUUAGGUGGUGGCAAUGCAAGGAUAAGCUGGAACAGAUACUAGUGAAUAGUCCUCGUUGCAAUUUGAUUGAAGUUCAACAGAAAACCUUGAUUAACUGCGUGGUGGUGACUCUGUUGACGAGGAAAGUAAAAAAGACAAGGCAGGCAGGCAACUAGACUUACUGUUCUACGAACCGCUUGUUGACAAAACAAGAAGACUUCUGUCCCCACUUGACCUUGACCCUGAUGAAGGUUUCCAAUAGAUGAGUUUAUGCACAAAACAAAGACUUUGCUCUCUAUCAUCAUCCCACAAAUCUUCAUCAACAGACACCAUUCUAGCUAGCAACAUGGAAGCAGCAGAAAAGACUCGGCUGGACGGGGCAAGAGAGAGGCUUGAAAUGGAGCUCAUGAGCAUGAAUCAAAAUCCCCCAACACAUAUUAGUUUCGGCCCUGUAAGCGAUGAUGAUAUCUUCCACUGGCAAGGAAUCAUCAUGGGACCUUCGGACACCGCACUCGAAGGCAGCAUCUUCCAUCUCUCCAUUGAAUUUCCCACUGAUUACCCUUAUAGUCCUCCACAAGUAAAAUUUGAAACCAAGGUUGGGUCUGAUUUGCAGGUAUACCACCCGAAUGUGAGUGAAGAUGGCACCAUUCGUAUCAACAUACUAGGAGAACAGUGGAGCCCUGCCCUCACCACAGAAAAGUUGCUACUCUCCAUCUGCUCAAUUCUUUAUGAACCCAUUCUGGAAGACCAAUCCACUUCCCAAUCUUCAUUCUAAGCACCAAGUGUAGAGACUGUAACAAUCGUAGAAUGCACGUAAAAGUUUUGCUAAGCAUUGAAACAGAUACCAAGUAUAGAGUUAUUCUCUCUUUUUGGGUAUCUGAAUGUUUGUCACAUACCAAUACUAGGUUAAUGAUUGCAGGGUUUGUAGCUGAAAAACGAGAGUAAAUUCAAACAACUUUUGACACGAAGUGAUGAUGCAGACAAAAAACAAAUCAAUAGCUUCCAUGCACAUAAUUUUGCACUAUACGAAUUGUUUGUGGUCAAAAGUUUGUUCAGUUGCUGGACACGUAAACAGAAGGGAAAAUAAGAGAUUUAUAUAGCAACUAGUUAAUUAUGUUAA